ACCGGCUCGGUAAUCGUACUUGAUCGAUCUGGAGGAGAAUUUUAAACCUUGCAGGAGCGCGCUACUACCCGGACAGAAGCCUUCCUUAAUGAAUUUCUUUUAAAAAAAAAACACAAAAAAGAAAAUACCAAGCCAAGCUCAGUCCACUGACACCAUUUUUACCUUCUUCCGGUUUGCUGCCUACUUUUAGCGAGCUCGGCCCCCGCAUGAAAGCGUCCAGGAGACUGGUGGAGAGCUAGGCUGAAGACAAUAAAAGCAGAUACUGUGCAGUGUUUGUGUGUGACAUAGCUUCCCCACAAAAUGGCAGACUCCAUCCAUCCAGAACCGGAAUAUAAGAGGACUUCUCCACGUUUGCUGCCCCGAUUGCGUUCGUGCACGGCUCCGCCUCUGUCCGAAAAUCCGGGGCCCUCACCGCAGAAACAAACUGGUUUAGCUCCUGAUAUGCCGCGACGGAGACCUUUGGGACGUGAUUCGGAUUUGCCCAGCCAAGCGGAAGAGAGCUCUGCUGACGAGAGGACAGCGAUUGCUGCAUCUGGCCGGACUAGGAGCUACGAUGCAACUACCGGUGGUACUCGGAGAGCUUCUGCUCAGGAACCCCCUACUCAAGAAAUCUCGCCCGAUAAGAAACAGUGGAUGGGGUUUGGUGCUAUCGAGCUGGAGAACAAAGGCUCUGUUGCUCGGGACCAUCUCGCAUUGGAACGAACAUUCCUGGCCUGGCUGAGGACAUCUCUCGGGUUUGCCUCAAUAGGUAUCGCUAUAACGCAGCUCUUCCGUCUGAACGCCGGAGUCCGGGCAGACAACCCUAAGGGCUAUCAGACAAUGCGCGAUAUGGGGAAACCUCUCGGUGCCACCUUCAUCGGCAUAGCAAUCAUGGUUCUAUUAAUUGGCGUAAAUAGAUACUACGAAUCCCAAGGCUGGCUUCUAAAGGGCAAAUUCCCCGCCAGCAGAGGCAGCAUCUUCCUGUUAACAUUGGUAGCAUGUCUGCUCAUGAUGGCGACCCUCACUAUCGUAGUAAUAGUACAGCCGUCGAAUUUUGGAAAAUAGUACCCAGAAUGCGACCUGGUAUGUGUUUGUAUUUCAGCGAAGGGAGGAAGUGUAUGAUUAGAUUCUGAAUGCUCGGUUUAUUGGUUUAUUUUCUAUUCCACAAGGGUUUCUCUGUGAGGUCACUGCGUUCCGAUUACCUAAUAUGAUAAGAAAUCUUUUUCAUUUUUUUCCUUCUAGUUCUCUGGUUCACUUUUUGUUGGUAUCUUUUUGUUGAAGAAGAAUGUUCACCGUACUAGUAUACUAUAGCCACGGAGCAGACGUAGGCACAUACAAAUAAACAGGUGAAUACCCA